UUUAUUUUUUAAAAAGGAUGUUAUUAUUCAAAAAGAACAGGUCAUUCCAGCUGUACAUCUCUGUCCGAGCCCGCCGUGACGUCACGAAAGAAUUACGUGUCACGUGUCAGUAUUUAAAGGCUUGGAACACUAGCUCAUUUUGUUGGUUGAAGUUUCGGAGUAGUCUGUUUUCACAGUGAAAGAAAAAACUGUGUUAUCAUGGUACUGUUUUCACGACUAAAGAAAGCAUUGAAAGUGGAGCGUGCACACGAACCCCGACCCUGUGUGCCGCUCAAACUCCCGCCCAUCCCGGCGGAAAACCCUCCUCAUCGGCUCCAUGAGACGCCUGCUGGUGCUGAUGUGAUGGAUGAAGAGAGACAGGAGAAAAACAAGAAGAGGUUUUGGAGAUAUCGCCUUCUUCACUUUUUCAGCCAGAGAGGAAAAUACAACGUGGCUAAAGCAGAGAAAGUGAACCAGAGUGAAGCGGGAUCGUUUCUGACUCUUUCUGAUGAGAUCCAUGAUCAUCAAGAAGCUCCAGCCUCUGAAGUCCUUCCUGCUAUAGAGGAACAGCUGGAGCAGGACCUCCUCCAACCUCAGGACAUCCACACUUCAGUGAGCUCCACUGAAGAUGAAGCGAAGGAGCCAGACAACAGCCACAUUUUCUGGCGAUAUGAAUUCGGCCACAAGCUGGGUAAAGGAGGCUACAGCUGUGUGCAUGCAGGAACUCGAUACAAGGAUGGCCUGAAGGUGGCUGUGAAAAUUGCUGACAAGACACCAAAUAUGCCAUAUAUCAGAGUUGUAAGUAGCCUGCAUUCUUUAUAUUAUUGCUUCUCAUUUACUGUUUACUUUCUUUUAGCCUGGUCAUCCCAGACGCCUGCCCUUAGAGAUUGGCCUGACACUCAUGGCCAAUAAGGGCCCCAGCGUCCCGCAGAUAAUCAAAGUCCUGGACUGGCAGGACAACCUGGACCAGUACAUCAUGGUCUUGGAGCGGCCCAUGCCCUGCAUGAGCUUGUUUAAUUUAGUGAAGCUCCGACAAAGGCUCGAUGAGAAGAUGGCAAGACAUGUUAUGUGGCAGGUCAUUCAUGCCGCUAACAUUUGCUGUGAGCGUGGCGUCUUCCACUGAGAUAUAAAAUUGGAGAACCUCCUGGUGAACCCGGACACGUGGGAGGUCAAGUUGAUCGACUUCGGGUGUGGCACGCUCAAGAAGGACUUCGCCUACAUGACCUUCAAUGGCACAGACAUGUUCUGUCCACCGGAGUUUGAUGUCGACGGCAAGUACCAUGCAAAGCCGGCGACAGUUUGGUCAUUGGGGAUGCUGCUGUUCGUGAUGGUGUGCGGGUAUUAUCCAGACGAGAAAGACCUGCACAGGAUCAGUAAGAACGAGUGGUCUGACCUGUCACAAGAAUGCUGCCAGAUGAUCCACGAUUGUCUGCAGCCUGAUCCGCAGCGGAGACUCAUCCUGGAGGAGAUGCAGCUCCAUGACUGGUUUAUGGUCGUGGAAUAAGACAUGGAGAGCAACAAAAACAACUCCCUGUCACAGCCACUCUGUUGUUUUCUGUCUCCGCUCGGCUUUGCAUCUGGCAGGCUGACAUGAGUGGCCUUUCCAUCCCUCCACUUUGGCCUUGGCGUCUUGUGUCCUGAUAGAACCUGGCACCUUAAAUAUUAUUCAUAUUUAUAAUUUGUUCUAGAUAUUUGUGUCAAGUAUUAGGAUGUUUGUAUUUGUAUUAAGAUGUUUAUAAGGAAUGUGUAUUGUGUAAUUGUAAUUUUAGUAAGUAUAAUAAUAGUAUAAUAACAGAAUAAGUAUAAUGUUAAAAUGUAUUAAGAUAAAGAUAUUUGUAUUAAGAUAUUUAUGCACUGUUAUAUUAGCAGAGUGACUGUAAA